CGAGCGUUUCGCUAAGUUACCAGCAACAAGGAUGUUUUCUAUUGGACUGUUUCAACCAAUCAAGAUAUAGCAUUGGUUUACGCGGGAAUGCUUUGGCGGCAUGCCGCCAUAUUGCAAACCCGUUCAAACUAUAAGUUGCUAGACACACUACUGAAAAGAUGGACUGUAACAAUCAUAAUAUUGAUCAAUUAUUAUCAUUCGAUCAAUUAUACCGAAUGUACAAGGAGAUAGGCGAUGUUGAAUCAGAAUUACUAGAAUGCCAAAAAGAAUGUGCAACUACCGAGAUAGAAAUAUAUAAUGUGAAUCAAUUGAAAGAUAAGGGGACAUAUGUAUUGGAAAAUGUGAAGAGAAGAUACAAUGACUUAGAGGAAGAAUUAAAGGAAGUUCAUUGUAAUUAUUUAAAAUGCAUUGAGAAGACAAACAAUGAAACUAUUCAACAGAAAAUUGAUUCAUUAACAUUGCAGAGAGAUAAUUUGAGAAGAGAAUUAGAAGAAUUAAACAAAGCAGCAGACGAAAAUACUAAAAAAAUAAUGGCAGUGAAAAAAAUGAUUAAAAUUCAAGAGAAGAAAAAUAUGGCGCUAAUACGAAAAUUGAAAAAAUUUCAGAUAACGCCAGAUUUAAAUGAUAGAGUAAAUAUGAUCCUAACUGAUCCCAGACUUACCAAACAAAAAAAUUCUAAUUAA